AUGACGAGUGCAGAUCCUGUGGCGCGCGAGAGCGUGCCUUCUGUGAUGACCCCCGCAGAUCCACAGCCUGCGGUGGCUGUGAACGGCGCGACGAACACGUCGCCGCCCACGCCGAGCGACCCCCCCACGACGACGGCGCCUGCACCAUCCCACCCACAUACCCUCCCACUGGCUUCGCCAGCGGCGCUUGCGUACUUUACUGCGAACCCACGCCGUCCGCAAGUGUACUUUGGCAACUACCUUCUCCUGCAGACGUUGGGUGAGGGCGAGUUUGGCAAAGUCAAGUUGGGCGUGCAUCGCAAGUAUGGCGAAGAAGUGGCUAUCAAGCUGAUUAAGCGUGAGAAGGUCGCUGCGUCUGCGCAAGAAGAAGGCACCGACGAAUCGAAGAUGAGCAAAGUAGAGCGUGAGAUUCACAUCCUCAAGCUGCUGAAGCAUCCCAAUAUUGUGCAUCUGUAUGAGGUCAUUGAGUCCGAGCGCUACAUUGGCAUCGUGCUGGAGUACGGUGCCGGGGGCGAGCUCUUCGAUUAUAUCUUGGCACACAAAUGCCUGAAAGAACGCGAUGCCUGUCGUCUUUUUGCGCAGCUCGUGUCCGGUGUGUCGUACCUGCACCGCAAAAAGAUCAUUCAUCGUGACUUGAAGCUGGAGAAUCUGCUUUUGGACCGGAAUCGCAACGUCAUGAUCACCGAUUUCGGCUUUGCGAACAACUUUUCGGCACGUGAAAAUGACUUGAUGGCGACCAGCUGCGGUAGUCCAUGCUACGCGGCACCCGAGUUGGUCGUCCAGGAUGGUCUCUAUGUCGGUGCGGCGGUAGAUGUAUGGUCCUGUGGUGUGAUUCUCUACGCCAUGCUAGCCGGGUACUUGCCCUUUGACGACGACCCAGCGAACCCCGAAGGCGAUAAUAUCAAUAUGCUGUACAAGUACAUCAUGUCGACGCCCCUGACAUUCCCUGACUAUAUCGGCGCAGAGCCGCGGUCGUUGCUGCUGCGUAUGCUUGUCCCAGAUCCGACCAAGCGCGCGACGCUUGACGAAGUCAUGGCCCAUCCAUGGCUCGCGCCCUACCGUGAUAUUUUCCAGUUCUCGGUCGAGGAGCUGGAAAACGCCGCGAUCGAGCAGCAAGCCAAGAAACGCCAGGCCUACCGCGAUCAGAUGGAAGAGCAGCAGGCGUUGUUGGAGCAUACAUGGCCCACGUCCAACACGACGACUGCUAUGCCCGCGUCGGCCUCCCAUGCGACCAAUUUGUCCAUGUCGUCAUCUACGUCGUCAUGGCAGCCGAACGUGGCGGCGGCAGCCUCGCCUCUCGCCUCGCCUGUGCCCUCGCCCCCGAUCCCUGUAUCGGCCACGGCGCCGUCGGUGCCCAAGGCUGCGUUGACGACGCCCCCGAAGCCCACAGCCGCCGCGCCGAUGCCUACGCGCUCGACCGAUGCAACGCCGCCAAUGCCUGCCGCUGUGCCCACAUCAUCGUCGAUGCCGAUGGCUGCGGCGCCUACGCUGACGCCGCCAACCACGACGACGACCACAACGACGGUGUCCAAACGCAAGAGCGAGACGGACGACACGAACAAACGGGCUGGCAAGCCACGCACGCUAAGCAACGAGCUCACUACGACGGUGCUCGCACCGCCGCAGCGCCGAAUCUCGAAAGAACGUCGUGUCGAGUCGAAACUAGCCCCACCGCUUACGAUCCCCACCACCAGCAUGACGAUGCUCGCGCCGAUUUCAGUGCCGAUACCGAUGCAGCAUACCACCGCCUCACCACGCAAGGAAGGCCCGUCGUCGUUUGGGCAGGAACCACUGAGUCUUACGUCGUUCCUUCCGCAGCGUCGUCAGGAAUCGCGAUCGCGUAAGACGUCGGUAUCCAAGCCGGAGCCCACCGAGACGGCAGCGACGCCACAGCCCACCUCUGUCGAUGUACCGCCCGUCCCUGUACCGGCAUCAGCGCCGGCCCCAGCGCCUGCAUCUGUCCCAGCUCCAGACGCAGAUGCUGCGCCUGUCAGUGACUUGGACGGCACCUCAACCCUGGCGCCGCCAUUGGUGUUCCCCUGGCACAACUCGUCGUACGAAUUGGCCAACGAGGCUAUGGUUCUCCCCCGCUUGACGCAAGAUGAGCACCCUACACGACGUGCGACCAAGCCCAAGAUGGAACGUGUCCGACCCGUCUCGAUGCCCGUGCCGCCUCGUGAGGUGGAGACGAUGCCUACGACCACUACGACGUCGCCACGUAUGGCCAGUGCUACCAGCACCGUUCCUCCGCCGCGUGCCUCGCUGGAUACGGCGCUGGACCGACGAGCCAAGGAACCGGCCCACAACAGCAAGCCUAGUGAGGGUCCCAGCGUCGUGUGGAGUCACACCGAACCACGCCAGCCUUCGACGCAGACCGAGCAGCAUGCCAAGGCGUCAUGGUGGCGCCGCCUGAGUGGCCGGCAUACACCGAUGGCCAAGCCUGCGAUGGCGACGACGCACGAGGAAGCGUCCGAGGCCACGGGCACUACGGCCAGUGCCAUGACGGCGGCGGCCGCUGCCGCGUUGGCGUCGAGCCAAGACGAGGAGAAGCGGCGUGUGCGCCCCAAGUCGAUGGACGUGGAGCGUGGGAUGCGCACCGACGAUGCGAGCCGCGCCGAGCAGCUUCGGCUGGCGCGUGAGCGUUUGGAAGGCGCGCCGCGACGUGUCUCGAUGCAUGUGCCACCCACCUCGGCGCCGCUGCCGUCGAACACAGGCAUGGAAACGCGCUUGUACUGGGAGCGCCGUCUCAAAGUGCAUGUGGGCGCCGUGGAUCAGGCUGCCUUGACGACACGCCGCCCUGACGAACUGUUUGCGGAGCUCGUGCAGGUGCUGCAGCACAUGGGUCUAGCCAUGCGGCCGACGCCCAAGUACGAGUUCCGCGUCGAAUGUAUGCGACCGAAGCGCCUGAACAAACUGGAACGGUUCUUCUCCAGUCAGCGACAAGAGACGUCGCGUCGUCGCUGGUCGCGUAUGACGCCGAAGAGUAGCGGCAGCGCUGGGUCGACAGCGACGCCGCGUGUCUCGACCAGCCGCGAUGAGGUGGAGGGUGAUAUGGCGCGGCUGAGUUUGAGCAGCGCAGCAACGACGUCCUUGCCGAUGUCCAACACGGCGCAGUCGUUGGAGCAGGCGGCCUUUACGGCGGCCCAGAGCCCCCCUCUCUUUGGCGAGUCGCACGAGGAUGGCGGCCAUGAAGUGCGCCUGUCGAUUGAGCUUACGCGUCUUGUCAAGCUGCAAGGCCUGUACAGCGUGGAUAUUCGGCGGAUGAAGGGCAAUAUCUGGUCGUACAAGUUCCUCUAUGACCAAAUUCUCGAACGCCUCAACUUGGGCGGCCGCGUGUAUGUCACGCCAUCGUGA